AUGGCAUCAAUUAAUAAUGAUAAAAUUGCUUUAAUUACCGGUGCAAAUAAAGGCGUUGGCUUUGAAGUUGCGCGUCAACUGGCUCAACAGGGCAUUCAAGUGCUUCUUGGAUCUCGUGAUGAAGAAAGAGGAAGGAAAGCUAUUGAAAAACUUAUUUCUGAAAAUCUUCGUGCGUCAUUAAUUCAUAUUGAUGUUACCAAUCAAUCAACAAUUGAUGCAGCUGUCACCGAAAUAACAACUAAAUAUGGUCGUUUAGAUAUUCUUAUUAAUAAUGCUGGUAUCUAUGUUAAAGAACCACAUCCAAGCGAAUGUACACUAGAUCUCAUGCAAGACAAUAUGAAUGUUAAUUUUUUUGGUGCAUUUUCUGUAACAAAAACAUUUUUACCAUUACUUCGAAAAUCGCCAUCUGGACGUAUUGUUAAUGUUUCAAGUGCUCUUAGUUCAAUUUAUUUUCAUCAGACAUGUGCAAAUUCGUAUUUUCAUUUAGCAUACAGUGCAUCAAAGGCAUCAUUAAAUAUGUUCACGUAUCAAUUAGCUCAAGAAUUAAAGAAAACAAAUAUUAAAGUUAAUGCUUGUACACCGGGUUUAACAGCAACAGAAUUGACUAAUUUCCAUGGUCAUUCAGUUGAAAUUGGAGCAAAAUCAACGGUUUUCUUAGCAACACUACCUGACGAUGGACCAUCAGGAAAAUUUUUCAAUGAAAAUUGUGAGGAAGAUAAAUGGUGA